UGUUUUCCCCACGAUGAACUGCGCCAACCGAUACGAUCUGAAACCGUUAGCCAAUUUCUGUUUCGAUUACGUGAUGCUGGAUCUCAACGCGGAGAGCGUCGGUGCUGAUCGCUGUUUGCAGCACUUGGAGAGUGCGAUGACAUGGAGUGCUGACAUCGACAACAGUCUGGUGGAGAACACUCUCCAUUAUGUCGAUGUUCACUGCAAGGACGUCUUCCUGUCCGAACGGUUUAUUCAGUUGAAAUUCACCACACUGCGGCUGAUAUUGGAACGUGAUACGUUGUUGGCUGAAGACAGUGUCAUUUGCAAGGCAGUCGAUAGAUGGGCCGUGGCUCUUUGCGCGCGUAGAAACUGGCGGCCUUCCCCUGCUAACCGGCGCGAUGCACUGGGGGAACUCUUCUAUCUGAUCCGAUUCCCCGUAAUGGCGGGCAUGGACCUCUUCGGUCUCCCGGCAGACGCGUUAAAGGAGAUCCGCCAUCACCCCCACCGUUUUAACACCCAGCCCCGCCGGACUCCGAUUAUCCGUGUCGGGGAUAUGAAAUUCAGGGAUAAAGAAGAGGUCUUCGUCGAGCGGGCGGAGAAUUGGUGUCCAGCGGUUGUUAUUGGAGCACGUGACUCCCUGAUCCUGUGUAUGAUGCGCAGUAACAACAGCAACCAGGUGGCUCACAUCAAGCCGGAGAAAGUGCUUCGCGCAUCGGCCAUCCUGGCACUUAAUCAGUUUGUUCUCCAUUCCGGGUCCGGUGCUGUGGACCAGUAUAAAGUGGCAAAGUACGUGCGGGAUGAUGGAGAUCACCACGUCAUUAAAUUGGGUCGUAAAGAACAACACGUCCAGUUCAGUGAGAUCUUCCUGCAACAUCUUCGCGUGAAGACAUGGAAAAAAGCCAAUGAGAAGAGCGCGAAAGUGGAGAAUUCCAAGGCCCCCGCGAAAAAGCGUGCACGGGAUGAUGCUGACUUGACGUGA